GGGGGGGGGGCAUCUUUCUCUCAUGCCUGGUCACCUGCAGCGAUCUCACUGUGAGCUGUGAGCUUCUUGAAGAUGGCAAGUCUUUCCUCAGACCGGGAGCACAGCUCCCUUCCUAUCCAGAACAGUCUUGAACUCCCUUUGCCGGCCCGAAGAGCCUCCUCCUCCUGGUCGUCUUCUUCCUCCGAUGAGGAUCCUGAGUUACUUUCCUUUCCUCUGGCAGAGCCUAACCCCGACCCCUUAGUUUCAGGAAACCUUCCCUUUGCAGCUUCAUCCCUGGAGAAAGGGAGGAAACAGGAUGAAGACGACGACGACUCAGCAGAGCCUGAGAUGCUGUGCAGCGUGGAGCAUCCCUUGCACUUCUUCGCUGAAGCGCAGAGGCUGCGGGAGGAGAAGCUGCUGCUGGAUGAUGAGGUGUCAGUAGGGGGAAAGGUAUACGGGGUGCACCGGGUGAUCUUGGCUGCAGUUAGCAGCCUCUUCCGAGGCCGACUGAUGACGGGCGGUGGUCAGCAGCCUGGCUUCAGCCUCAACGUGACCCCGAGGGGCUGGGAGGCUGCGCUGACCUUUGCCUAUGAGGGAGUGCUGGGUCCCGCCCCGCAGGACGAAGUGUUGGCUGCUGCAGAGGCGCUGGGGGCGCCCCGGGUGAAGAGCGCGGCCCGGCUGAGGCCAGAAGGGCUUGGCAAAGCCAGGGAAGAUGAAAAGAAGCUCAGCCAGGCAGAGGAGCUGAGGGAGAAUCUGCACAGCGUUGAGCGUCUGUAUCGAGAGGGCAUCGGGUGCGACUGGGAGCUCGAGGCAGAGGGCUACCGCCUGCGGGUGCACCGAGUAGCCCUGGCCUGCGGCAGUGAGUUCUUCGGGGCCAUGCUUCUGAGUGGCAUGCGAGAGUCCCAGGGCACAAAAGUAUCUCUGCGUACCAUCUCUUCCCAAGACCUGAGACUCCUCGUUUCUUUUGCCUACUCUGGCAUGGUACGAGAACGGUGGCCAGGAUUGCUACGAGCGGCCCAGGCUGCGCUACAGUACCAAAGCUCUUCGUGCCUGGAUUUGUGUCAGAGAGCCUUGGCACAAAGCCUCUGCCCUGCCCUUUGCCUGGCUUUGUUCCCUAUGGUGGAAGCCCCUGGCUUGGAGAAGGUCUGGGGGAAAGCCCAUCGUUAUCUCCUCACUCAUCUGCCCGCUGUGGCUUCCUGCCCCACUUUCCCGUCGUUACCGGUUACCUGCCUGGCUGAGCUUCUGGAUAGCGAUGAACUCCACAUACAGGAAGAAUUCGAAGCUUUCAUAGCGGCGCGGUGUUGGCUGGCUGCUAACCCCGAGACCCAGGAGUCGGAGGCCAAGGCCCUGCUGCGAUGUGUCCGCUUUGGCCGCAUGUCUACCCGAGAGCUGCGAAAGGUGCGGGCGGCUGGCCUCCCUCCACCCCUGCCCCCUGAUCUGCUGUACCAGCUGAUGGUAGAAGCGGAAGUUCCAGGUCAAGAGAGGUGGAGGGAGCCUGACCAAGCACUGGUGGUGAUUGGAGGGGAUGGGCUCAGACCUGACAUGGACCGAAGAGAGCCAUCUUGCAAAGUGUGGUGGGCCCGGGCUUUUCGCUGUGGCAUGGGUCUGGUACGAACUGUGGAGUGGUGCCGGCUACCUAACCUGCCUGCUCCUGGGCGCUUUCGGCAUGGAGCUGCGAGCCUAACCGGAAGUGAACUCUAUGUGUGUGGGGGACAGGAUUUCUACAGCCACAGCAGCACUCUGCCUUCAACUCUCAGGUGGAGCCCCAGUCAAGAAGACUGGGAGGAGAUGGCACCUUUGUGCCAGGCUCGGAGCUUCUUCCCUCUGGCGGUGUUUGAUGGGCAACUUUAUGCCCUGGGUGGACGAGACAAUGGUGUGGCCCUUAAUUCCGUGGAGACCUAUAACCCUGAACUCAAUGUCUGGAGGCCAGCACCUGCUCUUCCAGUGCCAUGCUUUGCCCAUGCAGCUGCAACCCUCGAGGGCCGACUGUAUGUAAGCGGUGGCUGUGGUGGGACUGGCCAGUACUUGGACUCAUUGAUGCACUAUGACCCCAAACUUGAGAAGCCUGUGACCCUUUUGAGCUCAAUGGGAGUGGCCCGGGCUAGUCAUGUGAUGGCUGCUCUGGGCGGAAAGUUGUAUGUGGCAGGUGGGAUAGGUGACCCUGGGGACCUCCUGAGCUUUGAGGCCUAUGAGCCAAAGACUGAUAGCUGGACUCGCCUGGCAUCCUUGCCCUCCCCCCAUGUGGGGGCUGCAGGCGCUGUGCUACAGGGGGAGCUACUGGUACUAGGGGGCUACAGCCACCAUACUUAUGCCAUCUCCCACCUUGUCCAUGCCUACUGUCCAGGUCUGGACCGCUGGCUCUGCCUGGGAACGCUGCCAAGGCCUCGGGCUGAGAUGCCUGCCUGCAUUUUGACAUUGCCUAGUGUGCAACACAUAGCUUUGGUCCUUACUCAACACCAAAACAAACCUGCUGGGUGACUGCUGAUCAGCAGGAUACGAGGGAGUAAGGGAUAAGAAAUUAAGAGAGGAUAAGAAGGUCUUACUUGCU